AUGAAGGGCCAUACGAAAGGUUGUGAUUUUAUGGAAGCUCUGAAAAAAUUUGUCGAAAAGUACGGUAUACCAGUGAGUAAAAUGAUAUCAGUGUGUAUUGAUGGUUGUCCAUCAAUGUUGGUUGCAAAUAAUGAUCUUAUUGCCUUAAUGAAGAGAGAAUUGAAUAUACCAAAUUGGCUGCCCAUUCACUGUUUACUGCAUCAAGAAACCUUGAUCAUAGAGUGGGCGAAAUGCGGAGACGGUUAUCUGUCGACAAUACCCACGCUGCUGUGGACCUUUGGCGCCUCGGCAUUCGCGCACCGUCUGAUCACUUGCAUGUUUCGCCGGUUUAUGUUUAGAAGAGUGACGCUAUGGGAACAGAUUGUCCAAGGCGCCACAAUAUUGGACGAGAAGAACUUGGCUAACCAAACUUCAGUGGAACAAUGGCUAAUCUGGCUGUGCGGAGCUGCACCUCUGGCGAUAUACAUAUACACGAAGCCGCGACCUUCCUCGCCGCCCAUUAUGAUAUGGUGA